GGAGAGAGCGAGCGCGCAUUCACAGACUCGCAUCAGCAUCACAAGAUGGGCAACGUUCAACCCACAAUAACUCCUUAUGAGGACUUUGAUGUGAUGGCAGACAUCAAGGCAAUCCGUAAGGCCAGCAAAGGAAUGGGGACAGACGAGGACACCAUCAUUUCCAUUCUAGCAAACCGCUCUGCAGCCCAGCGGGUGGAGAUUAAACAAGCCUACUUUGAAAAAUAUGACGAUGAGUUGGAGGAAGUCUUGAAGAAUGAACUCACAGGAAACUUUGAGAAAGCAAUUAUGGCCACGCUGGACCCGCCUCACAUCUUCAUGGCUAAAGAGCUGAGGAAAGCCAUGAAGGGAGCUGGGACAAAUGAGGACGUGCUGGUGGAGAUCCUCUGCACCAGCACCAAUCAGGAUAUUCUGAAUUGCAAAGAGGCGUAUAUGCUAGUGCAUGAGCAAGAUCUGGAGGCUGAUAUUGAAGAUGACACUAGUGGAGAAGUGAGGAAUCUUCUGGUUUCUCUCCUACAGGCCAACAGGGAUGAGUCUUAUGAAGUGGAUGAAGCACUGGCAGAACAGGAUGCAACGUCAUUGUUUGAGGCGGGUGAAGACCGCUUUGGAACAGACGAGUCCACUUUCACCUACAUCCUCACUCACAGGAACUACCUACAGCUUCAGGCCACCUUCAAGAUAUAUGAAACUCUCUCUGGAACAGAUAUCCUGGAUGCGAUAGACAGUGAGGCUACAGGAACAUUAAAGGACUGUUACAUUUCUCUGGUGCGAUGUGCUAAAAACCCGCAGCUGUAUUUCGCCCGUCGUCUGAACGCUGCCAUGAAAGGAGCCGGGACAGACGAGGACACGCUCAUACGUAUAAUUGUGGGACGCUCUGAGGUGGAUUUGGAGACCAUCAAAGACAUGUACUUGGAGAAAUAUGACGUGACCCUGAAGGAUGCCCUGAGCUCAGAGUGCGGCGGUGACUUCAAGCGCCUCCUCAUAGAAAUACUUCACUGAGUCACCAUCAGAUAGAGCCAAUAACUAACCCUACUGAUGAAAGAAAGUUCUUACAACACUGCCUAUAAAAACACGUAUACACUCACUUCUUACUGUACAAGAGAACACAUGUUAGCUCAUUUUGUCACCAGUGCAAUUUGGAAUCGGGUUGUAAUCACUUAAUUAUUGGUUAACAGUUCCCCAAAACUAAAGAGGUGCUCCAUUUGACAGUUUUAGAGUUUUUAUUGGAGUAAAUUUGACUUCUGCAUUAACUCACUGCACACGUGCCUUGACAAAGUCAUGAGUAAAAGCUCAGUACUUCAUCAUCCAUUUCUUACAGGACAAACCAUGGAGCAUCAAGGGUGAUCCUUUAUUUAGUACUCUGUCUGUUCACACAGGAUGUUUGUAUCUUUUCGCAUCUAUAAACCAAAUAUGUAGAUGUAUGGCUGGCGACUUUAGUAUUAAUAUUGUACUAGUUAUAUGCUAAUAUUAAAAGUAGCUUGCUUAAGAGCUAAGGUGGUUAGUGCUUCAGUCCUUAAUAAUGCUUUGUAACACUGGGCAUUCAUAUUUUGAACAGCAAUUGUUAUACGGUGGGGACUGUUAAUAUUGAAAAGCAGUGGUGUGAACAUAUUGUUGCAAUGCUUUAGAGUAUAUCUGUUUUUGAAGAUAAUGUGAAAAUGACUGGAUAGAAGAAACUGAUUAAUAUUAUCAGGUUAGAAAUCAAUAUCUCAGUAGUGGUCAAAGAAUAUUGAGUGCACAUUAUCAAUAUAAAGCAUGCUAAAGUAGAUUAAACACACCCCUGUUGUGGACUCUUUUUUUAUAGAUUUAUAAAAUAAUAAUAAUAAUUUAGUUUCUUCUUGCUAUACCUGAAGACAGGGGAUUGCAAAAGAUAGCAAAUGGA